AUGUAUUCUAGCAGAAGCAACUCUUCUGUUGAAACACUAAACCCAUUCAUUAAAGCUCCAACAAAGUUCGAUAUAAUACGGAAUAGUUCUCAUCCGCAUCUUCCUAGAACUAGAUCAGAACCAAUUUCUAAUAUUGAGAAGCUAAGUAUGAUUGACAUUGUCAAAGAUGCAAAGACAGAACUGUUAGGAUCAUCCAGUAUAUCAAAGUUUUCACUGGACGGUGAUUGUGAGUUUUCGCAAGUUCCAAAAUUUCAUGAAAAAAGUACAAAUAUAGAUAAUAUUCAGGUUAAAAAAAGAGUUCGAAAUAAAGUUUUAAAUCUUCAUAAUACUACAACAUUAACCAAUUCUAAAUCACCUUUUACAUUUCCGAAAGAUGCUUUUUGGAUAAUGGAAGACAAAAAUCGAAGAGUUGAAUUAAACGAAGUAAACAAAUUUUGGGUUGCAGACUCGCAUACAGACGAGAGAAAUUCUUUAACAAGACUUCUGGAAGACUCCGAUUACAGCAGGAAUGAACAGGUUUUAUCGCCCCAAGAGAGUACAUACGCACUAACCACUUCAGAUUAUAUUUCACCUAUACCUGUAUUGGCAUUUUCUCCUCAAGACAAGCCAAAUAAUACCCAGAAAUAUAAGUUGCAAAAAGUAUUAGAAGAGUUGCUUGAGAGUGAGGAGAAUUACGUUGUUUCUUUAACUUUGCUACUCAAUUACUAUUUAGAACCCUUAGUUAGCGACAACAGCUAUAGAUGUGGGUUACCAUUAAUUAUUAUUAAGAAUCUUUUAUCUAUAUUAAUAGAAAGUCACACGAAUAUGUUACAACAAUUGAGAUCAUUAUAUCCUCGAAGUCAUGACAGUGAAAACUCAAUAGUCUAUAUUGCUACAGAAGUUGCAAAGAAUAUAUUUGACAUUGGAAUUAAUGUUCCCAUAUAUGAAGAAUAUUGCAAUGUUUAUGAAAGUGUGUUGAAAAUAAUGAAGGAUUCUAAGUAUAUGAAUUCUAAAUACAAGAAAGAGUCCAACCAAGCAUGGGUUAAAGGCUGGAAAAACUACUUAGAAGCAACACAACCCAUCUCUAAAAGGAUGGAUUUGUCUUUCAUGUCAUUAGUGCAAAAACCCAUUUCUAGAGUCGCCAAGUAUAGACUAAUUAUUGAAUCAUUAUUGAAAUACAGCGGAACAAACAGUUCCAUUUAUAUGUACUGCAACUUAGUUAAAUCCAAGCUAAGUGACUUGAAUGAUAAUUCAAGAGGAUUUAUAAUGAAUGACAACAGCAAUAGAAUUAAUAAUUUAUUGAACUUUGAUGGUACUUCCUUUGGGAUUGGGUUAUCACUGGAGUUCUUUGGCAGAUGCUUGUUGAUCGGAUCAUUAACAGUAGUUUGGGUCGAAAAUGAUAAUGAAAAGUCAGGCACAAUGGGAGUAUUCUUAUAUAAAAGUCAUCUCAUCAUGAGCGAUAUUUCCAUUAGGAAGAAUGUGAAAAAUGUUAUUAAAUUCAUCAUACCUUUGUCUGUUUGCAACCUUUUCAGCGACCCCAAAGAGUGUGAUGGAGGUCUUUACUCAAAAUACCCACAUACUAUGAAGGUAUUAUUUGAGCAUCAGUUUUGCCAGUACGAAAUUUUGAUAAUUUCCAUUAAUAAGACAGAACAAGAGAUAUGGCGCGAUAAUCUCGAUACAUUAAUCAAUCAUGUCAAUGGGCCUUUUAAAUUGGGUUAUACUUCCACAGAUGGCGCCAAAUUAAUAAUAUUGUAUCCAGAAUGCAUAAUUCCAUACGAUGUUUCACUCUUAAAAGUAUCAACCUAUCGGAAGUUCAAAGAUUAUUGUUACUUUAAAACUCCUAUAUCUUUAAACGUCAUGAUUGAAUUCCCUAUCUCCCAAGAAACUAAGCAAAACAAAUAUGUUCUAAUCGAAGAAGGAAAUCAGCCUAUGUUUUAUCCUCAAGCAUAUUCGCAUACAAUUUUGAUAGUAAUCACUAAAAUAGAACGAGCUACCGCAGAGUUGAACUUAGCAUCUAUGUGGAGUAAAGAAUUACCUUUAAUAUUUCCCAAAAUUCAAGGAAAUAAGAAUAAGCCAACGAUAAAAAAAAGCUCCAGUUGGUCCCUGUUAAAAAUGGGCAUGGGGUCCUUUCGCGGACUAAGGACUUCUCAUAGCUUCAGUGAGGGUAUCAAUUCAUUAAGAUUACAGACUCAAGAUAAUAUAGAACAAAGCCAUGAAGAAUUUUCAAAGCUUGUACAAGACUCAAGAAAAUUGAAAGCUGCAGUGACAAUCGAGACAGACAAAACCACUUGUGAUACCCCCGACUCGGAAAUUAAGCGAAUUAAUUCAAAAUCAUAUAAGUUUAAGAAUGCAGUUCUAGGAUUGUUUCAAAUCUCCAGGUCUAGCUCGAUAAAGAUGACUACAGAUUGA